GGUCUCGUAACAGAUGUUACAUUUCCUACCGUUAUAUUUGUCUCGAUUUUAUCCAUAUUCUCGGGACUGGGAAUGUCGGUCGGUGGACACAGACUAUGGGCUCACAAGUCAUUUAAAGUUCGGUUUCCGUUCAAACUAUUGCUACUUAUACUGCAAACCACAACAUUCAAUGGCAGUGCACUGGCCUAUGCCCGCGACCACCGGACACACCACAAGUGGACAGACCAGGAACAGGACCCUAAGAACCCGAGUCGAGGCAUGUUUUACGCGCACAUCGGGUGGUGGCUCCUCAAGAAACAGGAGAUCGUUAAGCACUACGGAAGCAAACUUUCUUUCGACGACCUCUACAACGACCCACUCCUCAGAUUUCAACACAAAUUCUAUAUACCAUUAGCUUUUAUAUUCGGCUUAAUUAUACCCACACUUAUACCCUGGUACUUAUGGCGAGAAAGCCUGCUGACAGCCUUCUUACUGUGCGGUCCGUUGAGAAUAUGUGUGGUUUUGCACCACUUAUUUACUGUCAACUCUUUGGCCCAUUAUGUGGGUUGGCGUCCAUACGACCGGCAUAUGAGACCCACGGAGAACCGACUGGUCAUCUACUUGUCACUGGGAGAGGGCAACCAUAACUAUCACCACACCUUUCCCUGGGACUACUCGUCCAGUGAACGCAGCUUUUGGGAGUCCUAUAACCCAUCCUCUCUUUUGAUUCAAUUCAUGCGAUGUAUUGGAUUAGCCUAUGAUCUCAAGAAGCCAUCCAAAGAACUGGUCCAUCAAGUGAUUCAACGCAAAGGUAUUCCCGAAUACUUUGACAAACAAAACAACAGAAGUUUAUUUAGGAGAUUAUUGGUGGCUGGCAUUGAUUGGACAGUCGGCAUAACUGUGUCCUUAUGGACAGUCGUCACGAUAAUAGUGUUCAAAGCACUGACAGCUCAGAAUAUGAUAUUACUUGACUACAGACUACAACCAUAUUUGGAUGACUUUAAUCAGUACUGGCCAUCAGGCAACUUUUUUGUCUUUUAU